CGUGACGAGAGCACCUAUAUCGCCUUUCCCUCUCGUGCUUGCCUCACUCGACCCUCUCCCCUAGCCUGGCCUAAUCGGACUGGACGCCACCCACUUCCACACAGCAAGCCGCAGCGCACGCCACCACCACAGUCUCCCAGAUUGAACGAGGCCCUGUAUACAACGGUACUGGGAGACGUGAUACUGCUGCCCCUAUCACACUCCCACUCCCACACACACACACACACACACACACACACACACACACACACACACACACACGUUUAUAUACAGUGAAGAGAUAUACUGCAGAGAUAUGAAGAGAAAACACUAAAAAAAAGAAAGUGGAGAAAAGAUACAAGAGAUAGGAAGAGAGAAGAUUGAGAGAAGAACAGGGAAAGUGGAGAAAAGAUACAAGAGAUAAGAGAAGAGAAGAUUGAGAGAAGAGCAAGGAAGUGAACAGAAAAUAUAAGAGAAAGAAGGUGAAGAGGAUAAAAACUAAACAUUGCAUAGAGAUGAACUGAGAGAACGUGAAGAUAUUUACUACAAAGAUAGGAAGAGAGAAGAUUGAGAGAGCAAAGACAGACAGAAAAUAUUAGAGAGAAAAGGUGGAGAAGAAAAAAAAUCAAUAAAUAGUACGGCAGAGAGGAAAUGAGGAAAGAUUGAGAAAAAUAAAAAGAAGAAAAUGAAGUUACACCAGAAUGAUUAGAAAUUAAAUAGAAGAAACACGGUAGAAAUGGAAAAGAAAUACUAAACAAGAAUAAAGUAAAAAAAGGAAGAUAGAAAAGAGGUAAAAAAGGGAAAAAACAAGAUUGAAAGAACUAUAAAGCAAAAAGGGAAAAGAAGAAAUAAAAGACAGAAAAUAAGAAAGAACAGGAGUGAAUUUGAAUGUCCAAGAUGAUAAAAGCGAUAUGGACGUGAUUCACACAGGUGGUGAGGUCUUACUGCACACUAACCUAACCUAACCUAACCUAACCUAACCUAACCUAACCUAAUCUAACCUAACCUAACCUUACCUUACCUAAUCAAACCCAACCCAGCCCAACCCAACCUUACCUAACCUUACCUAACCCAACCCAACCCAACCUUACCUAACUUAACCUAACCUCACCUCACCUCACCAAACCAAACCAAACCUUACCUUAUCUAACCUAACCUAACACUAACGAGGCAACAACUACUAAACAGAUAAACAAUUAAAGGAAAAAUAUAAGUAAAUAAUCACCUGGAAAAAUACUGAAGGAAAAAAAGUUCAAUAACUCACCUCUUAAAGAAAAAAUAAGAAAAAUAAACGUUUGAAGAUAAGAAAGGAAAAAAAAGCAUGAUCGCGUAAUUUGAGACAAGCGGAAAGAAACAUAAUUACUGAACUGUGAUAAUAUAAAGAAAUAAAAGACGAAAAGAAAGACAAGUGGUGAGAUACUGCGAGAGAAUUCUAUACUGAUGAAGUGAACGAAAAAUACUGAAUAGGAUCGAAUCUCUUAAAAAAUUUGAAAAGAUAAUUGAAUUAAGACCAGUGUAAUCUCUCUCUCUCUCUCUCUCUCUCUCUCUCUCUCUCUCUCUCUCUCUCUCUCCACCGCAGCUUCUACGAGUUCCGGAGUCAAAUAAAACCCGAAGGACGAUUGAAGAGAGAGUGAAAGUGAACGACCAGAAUUGAAGUUAUUUAAGUGCGCAGUGAAAAUCAAUCCAUUACCACUACUGCUACUACUACUACUACAUCUACUACUACUAUUACUACUACUACUACUACUACUACUGGAGGUGAAGUGUGCCAGCCUCAGUCUCUCAGAUGAUCAUGUCUUCUCCUAAGUCACCCAAGUCGGCCCUCAGCAAGAUAGGGUUGGGUCGGCCACGUCCUCUUCGCAUCCUGGUGCUGGGACAAACCUCCGUGGGAAAGACAGCCCUCAUCGUGCGGUACAUCACGCGGCGCUACAUCGGAGAGUAUGAUUCGUGUCUGGAGCGAGUCUAUUCCCACACCGCAAUCGUAGACGCCGACACCCUGGCCCUUGAGAUCCUAGACUCUGCCGGACAGUCCCACGAGACGGACAGCGUGAGACUGGAGGCAAACAUCAGGUGGGCCGACGUGUUUAUCCUCAUGUACUCUGUGACGGACAAAUGCAGCUUCGACGAUUGCAACAGACUCAAGUUCCUCAUCAACUACAACAAGAGAAAGCGACGCAUCACCAGCCCGACUUCCAAGGACGCCGCGUGGGAGGUGCCGGUGGUGCUGGUGGGGAACAAGAAGGACCAGGCUGGGGACAGGAUGGUGAGCAGCGAGGAAGGGUUCAAGAGGAGCAGAGACAUCGGCUGCCAAACCUUCCACGAGAUCUCAGUCAGGGAGAGCAUUGACGAGGUUUCCCGGGUGUUUGAGGACGCUGUGAGGUACUGGAGGGAGAUUGCCAAGGCUCCCAAGUUGCGGCGUGCUUCUUCAGACCUACCGGAUCUACCUGCUGAGCCUCACAAGAUCUCUCAGCCUCCAAUUAGCGUGCCAGACUCGCCGCCAGAUUCCCGCUGGAUGUCCCUCGUGUUUGGCAUCCGCGGCAGGAAGACAUCGGAGGAGGAGAGCCCUGAGAUGGAUUCGGGUAUCCUAGCGCUGCCCUUCAGAAGCAGGGCCUCCACUGACGGCCACCUGCACCAACGAAGACUCUACAAGCUGAGGAUGAGUUUGAAUCUCCGUGCGUCGAAUCUUCACGAUAGGAGGAUGAGCAUCGCCAUGCGCGGGGCGACCUGCGGCUUCUGAUCCCACGGGGAAGCGAGCAACGAUAGUUUUUAUUUAUUUAUUUAUCUAUUGUAUCCAUUCCCCCAGCGGGUGUAAUAUGACAACACAACUGUGUUUAGCUUCCUGAGUAACUAAUAAAAGACAA